AUGGCUACCUAUGAGUGGUUCUUUACUCCAUCUUAUCAUAGCUCUCCCGCUCAACCACCUUUAGAUGAUCCUCAACUUCAAGUUGUCUCACCACCACCACUCCCGGUAGAGGAGCCACCGCAGCAGCCACCACAACCACCUCCCGAGCCUCCGAGGCGAAGGAGGAACGCUCGCAUGUCCGUUAGAGGAGGACCCCGUUUUAGUUCUCCUCGAGGGUUGAGUUCCUAUCCCCCUAUUCCAGAGGACCCUCAGUUGGGUGGGCCCUCAAAUGCGGCACCGGAGGCUGAUCCUCCGCAAGCUUCUUAUGCACCACCUAUGCCGCCUGUGGGAUUUGAUAACCCAAUUCCAACGUACCCAGGUUCUUCCGGGUACAAUCCUUAUGGAGACCCGUCGGGAUAUCCAUUGGGCUAUGGAACUCAUGACCCAUAUCUUACGGCUGCGCAGUAUCAUCACCUUUAUCCUUCUUCUUACCCUCCUAUGCCUCCAACUGACUACCCUAUUCAGGGUUAUCAGUAUCCUCCGUAUCAGCCACCUCCUUCCCAGCAACUACAGCAGCAUCAACAAAAUCAGGAAAUCUUGGAGAGGUUGGACAAGGUUGAGCAGAAGACCAAGAAGAACAAGGAGAGGCAUAUUAGCUUCAUGAAAGGCCUCGCCAACCUUAUCAAAGGGAAGAAGAAAUAG